UCAUAGGCCCUUGCGAUACUCCAAGCAACUGCCUAUCAAUACUAUCUAUAUGCAUUCCGUGUGUGGAUACUAUCUACAUACGCCGUGUCUAUCUAACAGAACCUGAUUGUGGGAUCUCUCCAGACUUUGAUGUGUUGGACGACGCAUGUGGACUACAGCAAUGGCUUCAGGAGCGUCGCUCUGUGUCCUGCUUUGUCUUAUCGGUAAAACACACGGUGUAUUAACUAUCAGUCCAUCAACACUGCCCGAGAACGCAGGGAUCGCCACCAUUGCUGUCACCACAUCUCUAGGACCUCCAUCCCUCUGGCUGUUCCUGUACGAGACGCUCAACGGGACAGCUGUGGCAGGGACGGAUUUUACCCUGGUACAGUCUGGAACGGCUUCACCGCAUGCCCCAAGUUUUGCAACUAUUUCAAUUGACAUAGAAAUUAAAGAUGAUUCAUUUUAUGAUCCCGGAGAGACGUUUACCCUUUUCAUUUCACAAGUCUCAGUACCUGGCGAAACACCUAUCAAUAUCACCAUCUCCAUCAUUGAUAACGAAGAGCCAGUGAGUUACCACUGCGCCAGACUGGGACAGAACUGCAGCCAAGGUAUCUGUGAUCCUGAUACCGGUGUGUGUGCCUGUCCACCAGACUAUCAGUCUGCGGACUGUAGCAUUAAUAGCAGCUCUCUUGUGUCCAGUGGCUGCCCGGGCUGUGUUAACGGCACCUGUAUAGUAAACGAUAACGGUGAUGAAGUCUGUAGAUGUCAACCAGGCCAUGCUGGGGCAAUGUGUGACAAGCCAGCAUACUACCACGAGUGCAGCGCAGAAAGCUUCAGCGUGUGUAUUACCCCCUUUCCAAUCUACAACUUCGUCGGGGACGUUUACGUCAUGGGCAAACGAAACGUGAGCGGCUGCAACCUCACCCUCGUACCUGCGGCCCCGGAUCCUGGCGACGGCAUCGUGGACUGGUGUCAGGGCUACGGGGCCUCCAUCCCCUAUGACGGCACAUGCGGGUCACUGAUCAAUGACGACGGUUCACAGUUUGUUCUGAAGCUGGUUGUGCAAUACAGCGACGUACCUGAGCCAAGAGACGAAGAAGUCGUUCUCACAUGUGAUGGCGGCCUUGGACCCCCAGGGAGUGUCCAGGUAUUUACAGCUAACUAUGUUCCCGGGAGACUGUAUCUUGUCAAGCCUAACCACAACCCAAUCACGGAACCUCUGAACCUAGGAGAAGAGUUCGUUGGCUGUGUGACCGUGAGCGAUGUGAAGGCCUUUGAUGUCGUGUUGAUUCAUCGUGUUGUGAUCCAUAACAACCAACUGGGUACUAGUCGUGAAGAGAUGGUAAUAUACGUCGACGGGUGCGUGCCUCAAAAAGCCAAGACCCUGCUGGUGACCGGCCCACAGUGGACUGCAGACUCGGGGAAACAAACAAUGUGCUUCAGAGUGGAAGCAUUCUACUUCGACAGCUACGACGCCUCUCAGUCGUCACCAUCAUUAGGCGUCACCGCACACGUCUCCGUACAUGCCCGAGACACCGGCAUCAAUGUUAUGACAUGCGGCGGACGACGGAAGCGAAUGUUAGAAAGUUUCGAUGAGGAAGUUCUGAAUGCUGUGGUGUAUCUCGCGAAUCGCGACACAAACGUUACAGAUUCUCAACCCACUGCAUCCAACGACAGUCGAAACUGGCUAGUGUCUGCCUUGAUUUGUGUCGGCGCUGUUGCGGUCGUCAUGACGGUGAUUGUCGUCGUUUUCACCGUCUCUUACGUCAGACGCCAUUUUGGCAAAAACACCAAAUAAUAGUUUCCAAGGUCGCUGAUACCGCUCCAAUACAGAUAAACGGUUGAACAUGUAAUUGGUGAUAGUUUCCGCUUUUACUCAACCUUGAAAAACUUUUUUUAUAGAUGCCCCAGACUGCAGUGAUUCCAGAUACAUGAUGUAAUAAACUUUCCCAAUUCA